AUGGUAAGUGCAAGAGCGGCGGUUGGACAGAACCCUACGCUGCAGGAGAUUAGCGAGCUCCAGGAGUCUGUUCCGUCCGAACUGAGCUACGAGCAGUUCCUCAACGUGGUCAACAGAGAGGGCGGUUUCAAGAAGGCCGGUCAGCCAGAAGACUACAUCAAAGCGUUCCAGAUUUUCGAUAAGAACCUGACAGGAUUCAUUGGUGUUGGAGAACUCAAAUACAUCCUGACGUCGGUGGGCGAGAAAUUGAACGAGAGCGAGGUCGACGAGCUGCUCAAGGGCGUCAAUGUCACGGACGAACAGACGGUUGACUACGUUGAAUUCGUCAAGAGCAUCCUUGCUCAAUAG